AUGAAUGCGUCAGAAUUACUUUUCAACAUGCCCGGCCCCCGACAGAUCCUCGUCAUAAGCCUGAGCCGCUACCUACGAGGCCAGCCCCUGCGCGAAAUCCUCGACAAAAAUUGGGAGGCCUACCCAAAUGAACUUCCACGAUUCAAGAACGUUCCCUUCGACUUUGACGGUAACGAUAUCCCCACUGCUCUCCAGGACCUCAAGUCCACCAUCAAGGCAUGUACCUGGGACGGCAUAUUAAUCGGAUGGUGUAUACGUGGGUAUCCGGAGAGGACAAAUUUGCUUGAGGAAGUGAUAUCUGUAUACACGAAGGCAAUCCGAAAGAAUGACGCGGGGACAAAGUUGAUGUUUUGUACGGGACCGGAUAAUCUGGCAGAUGCUACGUUGAGAAAUUUCCCAAAGGAGGCGCAGGAGGUUCUUCAGAGCUGA